UUUCUCUUAGGCGUCCAUUACUUAACUAACGGUCAGUUUCAAAUAUCUCGUUAAAGAUUCAAAUAAUCGAUAUGGAAAACGUUCGAUUUCAUCCUCAUCGAUAUUUGAAUUUUGACAGCCAUAUUGGUGCGCAUGUCCGGCAGUACAUGUCAGAGUUAAGUCACGGUUUAUUGUGAUUGCGGUAAUAGUGUUCUGUGUAUUUAAAAAUAAGUGUAUAUUUUGAAAAUGUCCGUCUCAGCUGGAAGAAGAAUUUUACCGCAAUUUUGUAGAAGUCAUUUGAAGAAGUUUCCGGCACAAACGGGGGUUGUUAAAUUCAGUUCUACAGCAGAAUCUACAUCACCUAACCUAAAUUGUAAGAAUGUUCCAACUUCUGAACGAAUUUCUGCUGCAGUAUUAAAGGAUUUUGAUAGCCCACUUGUUAUUGAUCAGAUUGAAAUUCCUAAAAUAUCACAAGAUAAUGAAGUUGUUAUUGAUGUUGCGUAUUGUGCUUUAAAUACCUGUGAUAUAUUAUUAGCAAAACAGUUAUACACAGUUAAACCAUGCUUGCCCAUGGUACUCGGUCAAGAGUUAGUUGGCAAAUUAGUGCAAGUUGGAAAAGAUGCACAAGACUGUAAUUACAAUGUUGGAGAUAAAGUAAUUGCUCUUAAUAAAGAAUUAUAUGGAGGUUUAAGCGAACAGUGCAUAGCAAAGUUUGACGAUAUUUGGAAAAUACCAUCUGAAUUUAAAUCGAUUGAUGCAAUUGGUUUACUAGAUGAUUAUAUUUGUGCCUUACUCGCAAUAGAAAGUAAAAUUAAUCUGCAAGAAGGGGAUAUAAUCAUAAUCAAUGUCGGGAUGAGCAGUAUUGGCUUAGCAGCAGUUGAUCUAGCAACAAAUGUAUAUAAAGCCGAGGUAAUAGCAGUGUGUGCUACUGAAGAGGGAGCAGAUUUAGCCAGAGGAAAGGGCAAUGUUCUUGCGUCUUUCAAAUACAAAGAUAGUAAAUUAUUGAAGCAAUUACAGGAAUUAGCUACUGAUAAAGGUAUAGAGGCUAUUUUCGCAGAUCAGGAGGGUGAACAUUUAAAAAACAUCCUAGAUUGUUUCACCAGUAUUUAUAAAAGUGGUGCGACAAUGAAAGAUUUGUUGAGAGAUGACAGUUUUGCUGUGGUAGUGCACCAUCUUUCUAGCAAAGGGCGGGCAGUAAUUGCUGGGUCGACAGCAGUGAUGACAGAGUCUGAUUCAAAUCGUUUCAGUGUAGCAGGGUUUAAUUUAAAAGAGUAUAAGGAACUAAAACCAGAUAAAUAUAGAGAAGCAGGAGAGGAUGUUAUACAAUUUUUUGAGGAUGGUCUUAUUAAACCAACCUGUGCAUUAACUGCUGGAUUGUGUAAUGUAAAUGAUGCAGUGGAUCAUAUACUUAAGAGCAAAUCACCAGGAAAAGUCAUUAUCGAUGUUAAAAACAAAGACGCUAAAGUGGAAAAAGUGGAAAAGCAGUAAUACUGGACAGGCUUAUUAGUUCCUAUUAAACAACGUGAACCUUUUUCUUUUGUUAAGAUUUUCUAUUAAAUAUAUCCAAUAUUAUAUUGUACAGAAUUUUUAAUAAAUCA